AUGCGGUUCUCCGAGAUUGUUCAAGAGUUAUCUCAUUUCCCUUCAGUACUAGCCUCUGUUGCCGCCGACGAUGUAUUCCGGUUCAUGACAGUCGCCUCUCAUUUUGCACAAAUCAAUCAACGGUCCAUCCGAAUCGACAAGUACAACGCCCCGUAUGAAUAUCUCAAUUCCGCCCUCCCGCCACCUGCAGUUCCCGGCACGUGGGAGGUUCUAUGGCACGUGUUGUUCUCGACGUUCGCCACAUCUUACGUGGAACCUGCCGGCCUAGUCCGAGCUAAAGGACUCAACCGCGAACCAGGCGCACUUCAAAUACCUGAACGAACAUUCUGGCCACCCUACCAAGAACAUUGUCCCAAUAACGAGUGCAGGGACUCUGAUUCCAGCAGGCAAAAACUGGAAAGAAGACCGGCCAUAUGUGGAUAUCUUUACGACCUAGACGGUGUCCAUUCGAUUCGUCACCAUACAACAUAUUGCCGACCUAAUUGUACACUCAAUAUUCAGAAUGCAAGACGAGUUUUAGGGCUUCGUACUUUUCAAGCAAACAUGGACCCCGAACCUACUACUUGGACACACCAAUCCUUAGCGCAUGUUUCGAUAUACAAUCUGGUAACGAUAUACAACAGCUGCCACAAGCUGUCAGAAGAGGCCUCCAACCACUUUGCUGCGGAGACUUUCAAGCCAACGCUAUCUGACCACUGUUGCACAACAGCAUUGGAUGUACAUCGUCUUUUACGGCAAUUCAACCUACGCAAACGCAUGAUGAGCGUACCUAACUCAGGUGGCUCUCGCCAUCGCUUCCGAGAACCAAAAUUGAACGUUCUUACCUGGACCGAACUCGAAGGCAGUCCUUAUAUUGAUCACAUGUGCUCAGAAUGCACAGAGAUCAUUAAUGACCCCAGAGUUACAGGCGGAGGAUUGGCUAUCGCUAUGGACGGGAUAACUAUCGGUCAUCCACGUUGUAGCGCUACAAAGGAACAACUUAUAUUGAUCAAUCCGUCAGACAACAACCCACCACCUUGCACUAUUAUGCUUGACACACCAAAAGACCGCUAUUGCGCCGUCCACACUCCAUUGCUAGGCAAACUCUGCCAUGCACAGCCAUGUACCCGAGACGCAAUAGGCAACACAAAGGCCUGCAACUUACCUGAACAUCAAGAGGCCCUCCUAAUACGAUCUGAGAAGACACGACGUUCUCUGGCUGCGUUGGCUUUCAACCAAAGAACCGGCGCAAAACUACCUGAGGAUCCAACUGCAGCACUGAACGCCGACACUGACGCAUUCAACGAGGAUGCUUUGAUUGAGCGAGAUGAGUCCGAUCGCACACAUGAAGCUGGUCGUGAUGGAGAAGAGACAUCUCGACCCGCGGGUAAGAAGCCAUUUUGUUCAAACGCUAAGACGCACAACGACAUGCUAUUUGUUGCUACGUGUGGUAUAACACUAGCCAGGGAGACGAUGUACCGGGCAGAGUCUGUAAUAUUGGUCAGAGUAAGUUCAAUAGCCCUCGAUAUUUUCGCUGCAUUAAACUUAUUCGGCCGUCUGCAAUCAGGAAAUAUUAGAAAGAAAAUUCCCCGUACUACCGCCAGUCCAAUUCUUCGAUAA